UCUCUGAGCGGUGCGCGAGACAUGGGCGGCGGCGGCCGGAGGGUGCCGCGGUGGGGCCUGCCGGCCUCGAGGUCGAGGGUGCUGGGGAAGCUGGGACCUUCCUUCGGCAUCGGCGCCGGCUGCGGCGUCGGCGUUGGCGUCGGCAUCAUCGGCGGUGCAGGAGUUGGGCCUGGAUUCCCUGGUCUACGCUUGGGAUUUGGAGUUGGCGUCGGGUGCGGUAUAGGGAUUGGAUUUGGUUAUGGUUUUGGAAAAGGAGUUGCUUACGAUGAGAGUGGGAGAUAUUCAAACAUUGGGAGAUCAAAUUGGACUUCUAGUGGCCUUCCAUCCGAAGAUCAGAUUGAUAUCCUGGUCGAUGAGCUGAUCGAAAACAGCAAGAAACUAAUCAAAGCAACAUCGAAGGAGAUUGAUAAGUGGAGGCGAGCUUAGUGCGAUUGGCACCAGGAACUGUGAUAUUGAGAUGCUCAAGGCAUUGCCGUAGCUCAUAGGCGCAGACAUCACGCUGAAACAACUAUCACUUGUUUGAGAUAUCAGUGAAUUCUUUUUAGGGGUCUUGCUGUACAUAUUUUACAAUUGUAGCAAAUGCCUGGUUUGCCCACCAUGUGCUAGGAUGCGGUUGUGUGAUCCAUUGUUGACCAUUACAUAUUAAAUAUUAUGCAGGAUCGUUGUUUCAGAUCUUUAUAGUUUAGCACGCCCAAGCCCACGUUAUAGUCCUGUAACUGUCGACCUGAGUUGCUUGUCUGUAGCUUACUCCAGUAUGUCA